AUGAUCUUUUCAGAAAAACGUAAUCCUUGCGAAGAUCUGCGAUGCGGACCCGGUGAGCAAUGUGUGAUAUCGGAGAAUGGAAAAGGUUAUGUCUCAGCGCACUGUGUAUGCCCAGAAGAGUGUGAUAAUUUCGGUGACAGUGUUGAAUCGUCACCUGUUUGCUCUAAUGACGGAACCGAUUAUCCAUCUUUAUGCCAUCUUCGAGCACAUGCUUGCAAAACGAAACGUAAUGAAAGUGUGAAGUAUUAUGGUAAAUGUGACCCUUGCAAGGAUUUUGUUUGUUCCGCAGGUACAGUAUGCAAGGUAACAGUGGAUCGACGUGCCGAAUGUCGUUGUUCACAGCAAUGUGCAAUGCAUUCUGAUCCCAUUUGUGCUACUGAUGGAAAUACAUAUGAAAAUGAAUGUCUCAUGUCAGUGUCAGCGUGUCGUCAAGAUAACGAAGUCUUGAUUUAUCACAAAGGGCGUUGCAAGGAAGAUAAUCCAUGUAAAUUGAUCCAUUGCUCGGAUUUGGAGACAUGUCAUAUUCAGGAAAAUGGCACAGCCAUAUGCAGAUGCAUUCAGUAUUGUUCACCUAUUACCAAGCCUGUUUGCUCCAUCAACGGUAAAACGUAUGAAAACGAAUGUGUGAUGCGACGUUCCGCAUGCAUGUCAAAAAUACACAAUGCCGUGCGGUAUGCAGGUCCUUGUGGCUUCGGUGCAUGCGCUGGUUACGAUGGUUGCCGAUUUUCUGAAAUAUGCGUUGACCGCGAUGGACAUCCAGUAUGCCAAUGCGAAGUUUGCGAUUCGCAACUCAAUGAAGUUUGUGCAUCCGAUGGCAUCACAUAUGCGAACGAAUGCAAAAUGCGUCAUGAGUCCUGUUUAACCGGCAAAUUCAUUUAUCAGAAGUAUAGUGGUGUGUGUGAUGGUUGCAUCAAUAUUCGUUGUGAAUUUUAUUCGAUCUGCGUGUCGGAUGGUGCUGGCAGUGGUUCUUGCCGAUGUCCAAAUCAAUGCGCUAAUGACAAUUCUGGGAUGAUAUGCGCAACAGAUGGUAUCACAUACCCUUCGGAGUGUCAUAUGCGCCAGGCUGCAUGCCAGCAACAAAAAUUUGUAAUGAUUGCUUUCCGCGGUUCCUGUGAUAGUUGUUCGAAUGGUCCUUGUCUUGAUGGACAACAAUGUGAGGAUGGCAUUUGCUCCUGCCCAAGCAGUUGUCCAAAUGCUACCGAAAAUAGUACGGUAUGGUAA